AUGUCUCGGGAGGAGGAGGCCCAUGCAACUGACCCUGUGUGCAUCGUGGGUACAGGACCAGCCGGCUUGACCAUCGCUAACAGACUCGAGAGCAAGGGCUACGACGCCGUCAUUUUCGAGAAGAACGCUCAAGUUGGCGGGAAAUGUCAAGCGUAUUAUGAAAGUGGCCUUUUCCACCCCAUGGGUGCCUUGCUGUAUUCGAACGAGACAUACACGAAAACGCUCCCAAUCAUCGACGCGUCGGGCCUGCCUUCUUACCCCUUUUCAUACACAGUCGAGGGUUGGCUAUUCAACUGGACGGAUGGCUCAGUCGUACAAUCGCCCGCUCCCGACCAAUUAUAUCCUCUCAUAGAGGCUGAUAUCCAGAGAUACGUCAAUUUCUGGGAGACGGAGUUCGCCCCAAAUCUGACGGCAAUCGGAUAUACGAAUGGAGUCCCGGAGGAGCUCACCGUGCCAUUUUCGCAAUGGUUAUCGCAGAACGGGUACAAUUCUACCGUGUUAUCCGCGAUCAUACAACAAGGAAUGGUGCCGUAUGGUUAUGGCUCGAUUGACGAGACCCCCGCGAUCUACAUGCUCCAGUAUUUCACGCCCGACAUCUUAAAUUUCUUUGCAGGCCAGCAUACCGGAUAUAUAACUGAUUUCCACGAGCUUUUUGUUCAAUACGCGAACACCUCCGUUAAGAGUCCGAUCCUCACGAGCACAAAUAUAACGAACAUUGACCGCUCUGGCAGCUCCCCGGUAAUCACAUAUGCAGGUCAGUCAGGGGCGGCCAACCAGAGCUGUUCCAAACUCGUCCUUGCGUUUCCUCCCGUCAUACCCGCACUCGAAGCAGCACACCUCGACAUCUCGGCCAACGAGACAGCCGUGUUCUCCCCGAUUGUGACCACGAAAUAUUGGUCCGGCGCUGUGCAAACCGCGGGUAUCCCAGAUGGUGACAGGUUCUCAGCGCAGACAUUCGAGCCAGAAGGCCAGCCCGCGGCCUUCUUCCGUCUCUUCGAUGCGUCCCCAAUCGCCACAACAUGGUCAUGGGGCACAUUCGGGAGUAAUCAGACGCUGGAGGAUGCGAAGGUGCUGCUUGAGAGUACACUCUCGAAGCUCAACAAGGAUCCGAGUAAUGCGACAGCGCCGUCCCUGCCCGUCACCGACGACGAUGUUAAGGACUUCCGGGAGUGGGACUACUUCGCGCACUACGAGCCGCAGGAGCUGCAGAACGGAUUUUAUGGAAGAUUCGAAGCGUUGCAGGGCCAAUUGGACACGUACUAUGCGUCUGGGUUCAAUGGGUUCGAGACCGUCGAGUUUGCUAUUCGGGCAGGAAAUAAUAUUGUGGACACUUAUUUUAGUUAA